UUUGACAUUGACAGCUGUAAAAUGUCACUAGCUGUCAUCGAAUUUGAACACCUUUUGCGAAGUGCACUUUCUGGUAAAGUUUUCAGUUACCUAUCUGAAGAAAAAUUAUAAAUUAUGGCUACAUCCAUAUUCAAAUUUUCUUCAUCUUUAAUUAACACAUCCAAGAACUACAGAUGCGUUUUACGUCUUAUAAAUAAACGUAAUAUUUCAACAACUAGCGUUACAGCGAGGAAGGAAAAAGAUACCUUUGGGGAGCUGGACGUGCCAGAUGACAAGCUAUAUGGCGCGCAGACCGUGCGUUCGGUGAUGAACUUCCCGAUCGGUGGAAUUGAGGAACGCAUGCCUUAUCCCGUGAUUGUCGCUUUCGGUAUACUAAAGAAAGCAGCCGCCAAAGUCAAUAUCGAAUAUGGACUUGAAAAGAAAAUUGCCGACGCGAUCAUGCAGGCCUGCGAUGACGUCAUCAGCGGGAAGCUCUACCGCGAGGGUCACUUCCCCCUCGUCAUCUGGCAGACUGGCUCCGGUACUCAGUCCAACAUGAACACGAACGAGGUGAUUGCGAACCGCGCCAUACAAAUACUGGGCGGGAAACUGGGCAGCAAGGACCCGGUGCAUCCCAACGACCACGUGAACAAGUCGCAGAGCUCGAACGACACGUACCCCACCGCCAUGCACAUCGCCGUGGCCAUGGAGCUCCGGGACAGGCUCAUGCCGGGCCUCGUGGCCCUCAGGGACACGCUGCAGGCCAAGAGCAAGGACUUUGAGAGGAUCGUCAAAAUUGGAAGGACCCACCUGAUGGACGCGGUGCCGCUGACGCUGGGCCAGGAGUUCAGCGGGUACGCGGCGCAGCUGUCGUACGGCGUGGAGCGCGUGUGCGCCACGCUGCCGCGCCUGCACUACCUGGCGCUGGGCGGCACGGCCGUCGGCACCGGCCUCAACACCAGGAUCGGCUUCGCGGAGAAGUGCGCCGCCGAGAUCGCCGCGCUCACCGGUAUACCGUUCGAGACGGCGCCGAACAAGUUCGAGGCGCUGGCGUGCCACGACGCCAUGGUGGAGGUCUCCGGCGCGCUCAACACCAUCGCCGUGUCGCUCAUGAAGAUCGCGAACGACAUCCGACUGCUGGCCUCCGGGCCGCGCUGUGGACUCGCCGAGCUGAUGUUGCCCGAGAACGAACCCGGAUCCUCGAUAAUGCCCGGUAAAGUGAACCCGACGCAGUGCGAGGCGCUGACGAUGGUGGCGGCGCAGGUGAUGGGCAACCACGUGGCGUGCACGGUGGGCGGCAGCAACGGACACUUCGAGCUCAACGUGUUCAAGCCCAUGAUCGUGUCCAACGUGCUGCGGUCCAUACGACUCAUCGGCGACGGCUGCCAGGCCUUCAACAAGAACUGCGCCGUGGGCAUCAAGGCUAACGAAGUGCAGAUCGCGAAGAUCAUGCGCGAGUCUCUAAUGCUGGUGACGGCGCUCAACCCACACAUCGGCUACGACAAGGUAACGCGCUGCACGGACUAUUGGGAGGAUCCUUUGCUAAUAUCUCAAUUGCAUCUCCGUGGUCAUUGUUCGUCGGACGUAAAGUACUUCAAGUACAUGGUUUUAGAUAAAUCUAUUUUUUAUAAUUUUGAUACUUUAAUGGGGUUUUGUAAAUUGUAGAAAUAAUCUGAAAUAUUGAUGAUUUUAGUUCGAUCUCAUUUUUAUAAUUUUGCUACAUUAAUGCGGUUUUAAAAAUCGUGGAAAUAAUCUGAAAUAUUGAUGAUUUCAAUGUCAAUACUACAAAGCCGGCUGAGCCCGCAGAUAGAUAACUAUCAGCCAGUAGAACAAGCAGGGUUUCGUUCUGGAUUUUCUACAACGGAUCAUAUUCAAGUUUUACAACAAGUAAUGGAGAAAUACAAGGAAUUCAACAAGCCACUUUACAUUGCUUUCAUUGACUACGUCAAAGCGUUUGAUACGAUCUCUCAUGAUGCUAUUUGGGAAGCGCUGAAUAAAUGCUACAUAAACGAAAACUAUGUAAGAGUACUGAAAGACAUUUACGAAGGUAGCGUAAGCCAAGUCAAACUGGAGACGCGAGGUCCUGAUAUACCGAUCCGUAGAGGCGUAAGACAAGGAGACCCUCUCUCACCUAAGCUGUUCAUAAUGGUACUACAACACGUUUUUGAUAAUCUUAACUGGCAGGCGGAAGGGAUUAGAAUUAACAAAGAUCGGCUUACACACCUCAGAUUCGCAGACGAUAUUGUCUUAUUUUCUGAAACAAGCAAAGGAUUAGAAAGAAUGAUAACAAGUUUAAAUGAAGAAAGCGAAAAGGUGGGCCUCAAAAUGAACGAAAAUAAAACAAAAAUAGUUACUAAUGAUUACAUUAACGCCAUAUACUUGAAAGGAAAGCCGCUUGAAUAUGUGAGCAAUUACAUAUACCUGGGAAAACAACUAUCAUUCGAUGACAAAAAUGAAGAACUAGAGGUGGAGCGGCGUAUCAACAUGAGUUGGAAAAAGUUUUGGUCCCUGAAGGAAAUCUUGAAAGGGGAAUUCCCCCUUUACCUAAAGAAAAUUGUGUUGGAUAUCUGUGUCCUACCUACUCUUACAUACGGAUGCCAAACGUGGACAUUCAGCACCAAAACAAAAAAUAAACUAAUAACAUGUCAAAAAGCAAUGGAAAGAAGCGUACUGAAAAUAAGAAAAAUACAAAAAGUAAAAAGCGAAAAAAUUAGACAAAAAACUAAAGUUAUAGAUGCCUUACAAUAUGCUUUAAAACAGAAAUGGCAGUGGGCAGGACAUAUAGCAAGACGCACAGACAAAAGAUGGACAUUACAGACAACUAUGUGGAAAGGACCAAAAGGAAAAAGAAGAAGAGGGCGCCCUAGAAAAAGAUGGAUAGACGAUAUAAAAGCGAUAGCAGGAAGCGAUUGGAUAAGGAAAGCCAUGGACAAAGGGAUUUGGAAGAAGCUGAAGGAGGCCUUUACCCGAGAAGGGGUUCCGAUCAUUGAUACAGGAGAAAGCAACGUUAGCGAAUAAAAGAAAAUUAAAGAAAUUCUACCCUAGUAUAUUUAGAUAUUAAAUCGCAUGUAAUAUAUUAUCAUUAUGGAUUGGAAAUAAACAGGCUUUAUUAUUAUUAUUAUUAUUGAUGAUUUUAGAUCAAUCUCAUUUUUAUAAUUUUACUACUGUAAUCGGGUUUUGUAAAUUGUAGAAAACAAUCUGAAAUAUUGUGAAAACUACCGUCUAUUAUUCUAAAAAAAAAACCUCCACUUUACGUCCUAAUUUUAUAAAAAUGUAUGAAGUGAAACGUAUCAUUGGAUAACCCCUAACCCCUUGAACGUCUGUGACCAGGAAACCUAAUAAAGUAUUCGAAAUGUUGAAUAUAAUAUAAUUAUAAAAAAACUCCAGGUUAAACCGUAAAAGUAAUUUUAAUUAUAAUACAUAAUAUGUUUAACUCUUAUUUAAGUUCUUCAAAGGUCCAAUGUUGACACAUACAAUAUUUAUUUACCAAUCAUUGAACAAUAUAAUGUAAUGUAACACGAAUAAAAUCGGCACACGGGCGGGGUCAACGAACUCGCGUGGCGCGGAGCAGAUACCUUCGCACUACACGUCUGGUUCUCAAAUUGUAACUUACUAAAACGUUUGUAACGUUUACCGCCAAGACUAAAGCUUCCAAUACGCGCUUACAAAUAGUCAUGACUUUAGGAUCGACUCAGAUUUUUUUUAAAUCAGUGAUGUUAAUUGGCAAGAAUUUUGCCGUUAUUUCUACUGGAAUAGUCUACAGACGCUGCAUUAUCUAUGAUGGCGAACUAUUUUAUGUGUUUUUUAUUAUGUCUGUUGUGUAUACUUAUGUGUAUUUAUAUAGUAUAAUAUAUACAUACAAUAAAACAUAUAAUAAUUAUGACUUUUAGUAAUAAUAAACAAAUGACGUACAGUCAUCUGGCCCAAUUUAGGAUUCCCUGUGUUAUGGGUACCAGAGACUGAUAAACAUACUUAAACAGUUUGAAUAUAUACAUAUAUAGAUAAUAGACACCCAUGCAAAGAACAAACGAACCUGUUUAUCACACAAUGCUUGCCCAAUGUGGGAAUCCAACCCAAGUCCUACGGCGCAAUAGUCAGGGGCGCUAUCUACUGCACCACCGAGUCGGUCAAGUAGAGUUAUUCGUCAAGUCAAUUCAAGUUAUUGGGAUAAAGAGAAAAAAUACAAAAUAGAGCGCAAUAACGUAUAUGUUUUAUGUUAAUGGCUAUUAUAUUAUUGGGAACUACCGCCCAACAACGACAACAACAAUAUCUUAAUUACUACACACACACAUUGAUGCCUUUUUUAUUGCCAAGCUGUCUUAAUUUUAUGAUAACAAAUACUCAAAACCCUAGGAUUCAGUGGUUAUAGUGUUGAUUGCGGUAACUCUCCGUGCCCCAUCCAGUUUAUGACCCGGGGGGAUCGGACGCUUAGGCGAAAGUGCAGGGUAGUCGGGUAGGGUUCUAAAUUCCAUCCCAUCAACAUCUGCGGACCGUUCAGGCCCACAUACCCGUGCGCCCCCUAGACGCGGGGACCUCGCAGGAGAUACGGCCCCAGGCCCGAAAAAAAAACACUCAGUAUCAGCUCAGCUACCUCCGUUUGCGUUUUUAUUUAUUUACGUGUAGUCUGAUAAGAAAAACAAUAAACGAUACUCUUAUUAAAAUUACGAUUUGACCUCGCGUUUGUCACGUCCGUUGUUCCCCACGACACGGCAGUCCGUCGUGACGUCGACAACUAAAGCAUUCGAUUCAUAGAUCAUUGUAAAUCGAAUAUUAAAAAAGCGACAUUAAAACGAAUAUGUAAAUUUAAUCGCAUCAUAAAACACAGCGAUAGCUCUAUCUCACGUGUCAAGUUGAUACGACCGUUAUCAGUGAGCUUAUUAAAUGUUUUUGUACAUUUAUCGUCUGUGUAUACUCGGUUAUCUGUUCGUUUGUUGAAUGUCAGUUGUGAACUGUGAAUUCUAUCGAGGUUUAGUGAAGAAAAAACCCAGAGAAAAUGCACUAUGACCUGAUCAUUGUGGGCAGCGGAUCCGUUGGUUCGUCUGCCGGCUAUUACGCCUCCAGAUCUGGGUUGAAGGUGCUGAUGCUGGACGAGCACACGCCUCCGCACAGCUCUGGGAGCCACCACGGAGCGACCAGGCUGGUGCGGUGCGCUUACGGCGAAGGCACCAGAUACAUUCCGCUCUUGAUACGAGCCAGAGAACUCUGGAAGGAGCUGAAUGAAUUGACAAAGACAAACAUUUACGAGAAGUGUGGAGUUUUGAACACGGGUCUAGGGGAUUCGAGUUUUAUUGAUAACGCUCGCAGAAGCGCUGAGAUCUACGGAUUGGAGAUUGAGAAUAUGACGGCUGAGGAUAUAAAGAAACGUUGGAACGGCAUUCAGGUUCCCGGGGAUUACGUCGGGGUCUUUGAGCCGGACGCGGGAUUCUUGAGAUCGGAGUUAGCUGUAAAUGCUUACGUCAAGCUAUCAAAGGAAGCUGGGGCUCAUCAAAUAUUCGACUGCAAAGUCUCGUCCGUGACACCGACUGAAAAUGAAGUUGUUGUCGAAACUGAAAAAGGCAUUUUCAAGGGUCGUAAGGCACUUGUCUCGGCAGGAACGUGGGUUAAGGACUUACUACCCAAUCUGCCUAUAUCGCCUGUGAGAAAAGUUUUGACGUGGUACGCUUCGGACCCGUGUUACAAAAAUAUACCAGGUUUUUUGGUAAACUUGGAGCAGGAUUUCUUUUACGGUUUCCCGGCAGAUGAAAACGGCUUUAAAAUUGCGAAGCACAGCGGAGGUCAAAAUAUCAGUUCGAGGGACGAAUUGACCCCAUUUGGGAGUCGCGAAGGAGACAGAACUGAGACGCUGAAUUUUAUAACGAACUUCUUGCCGAACACUGGCGGGAUUUUGGAGGGCAAGACUUGCAGCUACGACAUGAGUCCGGACGAAGACUUCAUCAUCGACACCCUGCCUGGUUCGGAGAACGUUAUGCUAGUGACCGGUCUGAGCGGCCACGGUUUUAAAUUUACAAGUGUGCUCGGCGAAAUCGCUGCGUUCUUUGCUGGGGACAAAAAACCGGGUUUUGAUAUCAGACCGUUUGCGUUGAAUAGAUUUAAUCAUAUGUAAAUUUUGUUUGGCGUGGUUUAAUGAAUGAUAAUAAUAAGAUUACGUUUUGUCAA